AUGGAUUCUGUUAGCCUGAAGUGUCUCCUGUUUGCGGCUUCCAUAAGCGAUCUCGUCGGAGUUAUGGUGGGGUUGAAUACUUUGCCGUGGGAGGGUGGUGCGUUGAAGGCACGGGGAGAGCCUGAUUCAAGGUCCAAUGGCAAGACUUCAGUUGGAAUUGUAGGGUGUUUACAUCGACGGGUUCGGAUACUAUCUGAUUCUGGAUUUUAUUUGGUUGGUUUCCGCAAGAAAGUGUCAAGAUUGUCUCCUUUCUCCUUCCAUGGAUUUUGUUUCUUGCCGGCUCUUGGUUCUAGAAGGAAUGUGUUCCUUGCUAGGUGA